AUGUAUUCUUUCAUCAUCUUUGCUGGUAUGGCAGCGGCUCAUGCGACGCGACAUCACAAACAUCCGUCGCGCGCUUCUCAAAAUUCAAUUACUCCCCACGAUUUCUUCUCUUCUUCUGUUGGCGUGCUCGGGUGCCAUAUUAACACCAACCGCGUUGCCUAUUGGCCCAGCGAAGUCAGCUGUGACAACAUUUGCGUCAAGCUUUCCUACGGUGGCCGCAGUCUCCAUCUUUUGAAGAUUGAUCGAUCCGGGGGCGCUUACGACAUCUCAUACGAUGCUUGGAACUACCUUGUUUUUGGCAACUCAGCCAAGGACGAACCGCAUAUGGGCGGUGAUGUACAGAUGACCACCGAGUCCGUUCCCGCGAGCGAGUGCAAUGACUUGUUGCAUAACGGUAGACUGCCUGUUUCGGCUUCCAACAGCGUCAACUAUAUUUCCCACUGCUUAGAACAGCAAAACAGCUUCGUAGCGAACAACUACGAGUUUAUCAACAUGCUAGACUCUAGCUGUAAGUUCGGAUAUGACGAAGUUUGCACCUUUGACCCAGCCACGAGCAACCAACCCCAUUGUCCUCAUACAUUGGGUGAGGCACACCAACCUACUGGUCAAAAGGUCGUCAACAUAGAAUAUGGCACCGGCAAAGAGGUCAUCGCAUAG